AUGCCUAACGAAACAAUCACCGACAAAACUGAGAGAACCGUAAUACAAUCCACCACCAUCAGCGAAUUCAACGUGAAUGAUGACAAAUGGAAAAUUUGGAAACAACGCUUGGGAAUUCAUUUUGCCGAGAUCAAUUGCACCGACGAAAAUGCGAUUUUGUUGAAAUCCGUCGGAACGCCAGCACUUGAGUUAUUGACGAAUUUAUGCGAUCCAAUCGAGCCGAUGAAGAAGGAGUUUACCGAAUUACUCGACAUUUUGGAUGAACACUACACGCCGCCGACCAUCGUAUACCACGAACGGAAAAUUUUCCAUGACGCAAUACGUGACGAUAGUGAGAGUGUUUCAGCAUGGUAUGCACGCAUAAAGAAACUGGCAUUGCAAUGUAAGUACGGAACCGAUUUGGAUGUGAUGGUCAAAGACAAAUUCAUCACGCAACUUCCCGAGAAAAUUUUCACACGAUUGUGCGAGGAAGAUGAAAAGUUGACACUGGCGAAUGCAUUUAAGAAGUCACUCAUUUUGGAGACGAAAUUCGCAUUGAGAAAAGAGGGCACGGAUUCCGAUGUUAACCUCGUUCGAUUGCCACGUGCCAACCAAAACCAACGAAACCGUAACUCGAGCAACAACAACAACAACAGCAGCAAGCAACCACAUGGCAAGAAAACCGCGUGUACCCGAUGUGGAUGGAAGACACAUGAGGCGAAUAACUGUGCUUACAAAGAAGCCACGUGCCAUUCCUGCUCGAAGAAGGGACAUCUGAGCACCGUUUGUCGUAACAAAAACAAGAAAAAUUUCAAUUUUAUUGAUCCAAAUUCUAAUAACGAUAAUUCAGUUUCAUAUGUAAAUUCUUUUUCUGAUGGUAAUUUGUUUGAUUUUCGUUUAUACAGUUUAGCCGAUGACGAAUCCAAAGAAUUGUACUGGUUGAAGGUUGUGUUCGGAGGCACCGAGAUGGAUAUUGCUUGUGACACGGGGGCACCGCGCACAUUUGUUCCAAGGACAUUUUAUGAGAAGCAUUUAUCACAGUAUCCGCUCACGAAAUGUAACAUCCCAUACCGCAAUUAUGGAGGCAUCAAAAUUGAUUUAAUAGGUGAGUGUUUACCAAGUAUUACUUAUAGUGGCACCAAUCGACGUAUUACAGUUGUUGUGACCGAUGCAAAUGCACCACCGUUGCUAGGUAGAAAUUUUCUACGUGCGUUUGGGUUUUUACUAGUUCAAUCGAAUCCAAAUAAUGAAAUUCACGUUCAUUCGAUUGAGUCAGAGACUCAACAUUUUCCCAUCAUUGUGAAUCAAAUUAAAAGUGAAUUUUCGGAUCUUUUUGAUGGUCAGUUGGGUAAAUAUAACGUUUGUGAAGUUUCUUUACAAAUUGAUAGUGACGCUAAACCAAUUUUUUGCAAACCGCGAUCAAUCCCAAUUGCAUGGAAGUCAGAAAUUGAACAAAAUCUACGCGAUUUAGUUGCAAAUGGCGUACUUGAACAAGUUGAAACGUCGAAAUUGGGAACAACAGUUGUUCCUGUUCCGAAACCAGAUGGCAAGCUACGUGUUUGUGGCGAUUAUAAAACGACUCUAAACAAGUUUCUUGUUGAUGUCAAAUAUCCGUUACCUCUCAUUGAAGAAAUAUUCACAUCUCUUCAAGGUGGAGAAUUGUUCAGUAAAUUGGACAUGAGUGCUGCAUAUAAUUAA